AUGCACUUGAUGUCCCCCAGCUUUACCUUCAGUCCUUCGCCACUGGAGGACUCUCUCCUCCUCUACAACCGCAUCAUUAGAUCUGGCUUUUUGACUCUAAGCUCCCAACUGCGAGGCCUCGAGGUCGACAUUGAUCAAAGUCUGUCCUAUAACAGUCUGACCAGUGACAACUUCUCAAUCUGCGCACGCUCUGUUCUUGAUGCCAUUCUGAGGUCUGUUUCGACAAAGUAA